AUGAAGAAGCUGAUUGUUCAUGAUACAAAAGACGGCUUUCCCAUAACGGCCUUUAGAGAGGUGACCAUCAUGAAAAAUCUGGCACACGGUAAUGUGCUUCAACUUCUUUCCAUGGUUCACGAAGAUGGUGACGUCUCCAAGAAGAUUCCAGGAAGUUUCUACACGAUCACUCCAUAUGCAUCAACAGAUUUGACGGGGCUUUUGAACAACCCACGUAUUCGCGUGAGACCCAGUCAUGUCAAAUGCAUUCUACUUCAGCUAUUUGAGGGAAUAGAUUACAUCCACAGGAAACGGUAUUUACACAGAGACAUCAAGGCCGCAAACAUUCUUAUCGACACUUCUGGAACGCUGAAAAUUGCGGAUUUCGGCCUGGCCCGAGUAUACUAUGGACCGUCUCCAACUAGGACUCGUCCCGGAGCUGGUGAACAUGAGUACACGGGACUGGUCUCCACGAGGUGGUACCGUGCUCCUGAGCUUAUUCUCGGAGAUAAGAAAUACACCACCGCUAUCGAUAUGUGGAGUGUUGGAUGUGUUUUUGGCGAGAUGUUCACUGGGAAGCCCAUCAUGGAGGGUGAGUCUGAUGUUCACCAGGGCAAUCUCAUUUUCCAGUUGGUUGGUCCAGCAAACGAUAAGACACUUCCUGGCUAUUCUAAUUUACCUGGCAGCAAGACAUAUGGAAAUUUGCCCCAAUCGCGGAAUCUGGAAACACAAUUUGCGCAUUUGGGAAAACAGGGCAUGGACCUUCUUUCUGGCCUCUUAACGUUAGAUCCCUUGAAAAGGCUCACUGCCGAGCGUGCUAAGGACCAUCCUUAUUUUGAGUAUGAACCAUUGGCGUGUCCUCCUUCUGAACUUCCUACUGCUGAGGAUAGUCACGAGUCGGAUUUGAAGAAGUAUAAAGAAGAAUCACAGAAUCAGCAGCAGAAUCAGCAGCAGCACCACUAUCAACACCCGCCACGUUCUCCAGGACCAGGACCAGGACCUCACCACCAGUCAUUUCGUCCGCACAAUUCUAGCUCCAACAAAAUGCACGUGAACAGUUUUCCCAACGGCCCAAGACCUCGGUUUGACGAGCAUUCGAGCUCCAAUGGGUUUGACAUCGUGCGGCGUCCACCUGGGCCUACAGGACCAUACCCUACAGGACCUCAACACAAUAUACCUCACAGUGGACCCCACAGAACAGACUCAAGAUAUCCGAAAUUUCCUCGUCCUCCCAAACCGCAAAGUUACCCUUCUGAGAAGGAAUUCGGGAAAGUGCCUGCGUUGCCCAACUUCCCUGAUCGACCAGGCCAGCCCUGGAGACGGCCACGCGAGGGACCUUCCGGCCUACCGGUAGCUCCUAGUUCAGAUUCGUCUAUACCCAAGAAUCCAGCAAGAACUGCUGCUAGUCUGUAUGGCGAUGACAGAAUGAGCAGUGGACUGGCGUCACUGGUGAAUGGUUCUACGAGACCAAAGGAAGGAGAUACUCCUAACAAAAAGGCAAAGAAGUGA